GGUUCCAACUACGUUACUGGGUCAGGAAGCGGACUGAACCGACGCGAUUACGGCAAAAUUCGAUACCCGUUGACCAAAUGUAGCCAAACAAUGUGUUAACUGCAGUCGUGCACAUUGUAAUGAAAUAUAUUUGAAUUAAUAAUGCUGGAUGGUUGUGCUCAUGAAGUUCACAAGGGAUUUAUGCAGGCUCUUGGGACUCGGGAGCGGUCCUAAUGUCCAGCCCGUGGAGGAGCUGCUGGACUGUGGUCAUGCCCCCUCUGAUCCUCAUGUGGGCUCCCUGUCACAGGACAUUCUCAAUGGAGAGGACGGUCUGAGCGAGGAGGAGAAGGCAAAGAAGCGAGCGGAGCGACGCAGAGCUAAGAGGAAGCGUCAGAGGGAACGUAAGAAGCAGGAACUGGUUAAACAGAGUGAGAACGCUGAGCAGGACGAAGACGAGGAUGGCAGCGCAGACUCUGAGUGCGACGAGAGUGAGUCAGACGCAGAGGUGGUUGCCGUGGACGACGAUGAGGAGGAGGUUUUCGAAGUUGAAGCGGAGGAUUGGGCAGAACACACGUCGGUUCCUCAAAGUGAGGAAAUGUCCCCAGCCGUGGCGCCCUUAGGGAUAAAGGGUCAUCAGAAGAGCCAAGCCAGGCCCAGUGAGGAGGAACCUGAGUGGGACGUCAGCAGUGCUUUCUUCGCCAACGCUGCGAGCCACAUCAAACCCAAGGGCUCGGCUCGCAGGUCUAAGGAGAACAAGGAGAACGAGACCAGGAGGGAGAUAAAUGGUGGUCCAGAUAAUUCAACUAAGAGAAGUGCUUCGUUGACAGAGAAGGGGAUCAAGCUGGUGCAGGAGGGCCAGUACUCUCAGGCAGUCAGCAUGUUUACAGAAGCUAUCCGCUGUGACCCCAACGACUACAGGUUCUUUGGGAAUCGCUCGUACUGCUACAGCUGUCUGGACCAGUACCCCCUGGCCCUGGCUGACGCGGAGCGCUCCAUCUACCUGGCCCCCGACUGGCCCAAAGGAUACUUCCGCAAAGGCACUGCUCUCAUCGGCAUGAAGAGGUACAGCGAAGCAGAGAAAGCGAUGGCGCAGGUUUUAAAUCUAGACAAGGACUGCGAAGAGGCAGUCAACGACCUCUUUCACUGCAAAGUGCUGCAGUUGAUGGCGUACGGUGUUGGGGAGACUCAAAGCGUCCUGCUGCUGGAGCAGCAGUCCUCGGUGCAGGCCGUUCUGUCCUCGUUCCCGGACGCUAACAGAGUUGGGAGCCAGGAUUCAUCCUUGAUGCAGCCAGAAAGCCCGUGUCUCUCGCUGUGGGUGGGCAACGUGACGACCGAGUUGACAGAGAAACACUUACGGGACCUUUUUAAAACGUAUGGUGAAAUAGACAGUAUCCGUGUGCUGCAUGAGAAGUUUUGUGCCUUUGUCAACUUCAAGAACGCCACCAUGGCGGCACGCGCUCUGGAGAAGCUGAACGGUUGUAGCAUCGAGAACACGCGCCUGGUGGUGCGGUACCCCGACCGCCGCACCCAGAAGGCCCUCUCCAUCCCCCUGAGAGCCAGCCUGCCGGCCGUGCAGCAGGCAGCCGUGCAGCAGGCAGCAGGGCCGAGGCGACGAGGCCCGGUCAACGAAGAGGAGUGUUACUUCUGGAGGACGACCGGCUGCCAUUUUGGAGACAAGUGUCGCUACAAGCACUUUCCUGAUCAGAAGGGCCAGGACAGGAAGCCCUGGCAGCCUUGACCACCGUUUCCUUUUUUGAUAAGGGAGCCGGAGCCGGGAUUCCCAAGCCUGAUUCAAGGGAGAACUUUCCGAAGGUGGUAUCCAAAACAACGUUCUGCUCGCCAUUUGUUAGACGACCAGACCUGGACUUUGAAAAUGAGGACCACAGACAGUAUGGUAAACGGAUGGAAGCUCACGAACGAGGCCUUCGAGCCGUGACACCUCACUAUUCCAGCCCCUGUCCAUGUAGUCAAGUUAUUAUCUCAUAUCCAGAGUUACCGUGCUAACUAUGACUCAAUUUAAUGGACACUUCUAUUUAGUUUAUUUUAAUACUUUUAGUGUCGUUUUAUCAAACUUUUUAAUUUCAGGUAAGCACGACGUGGUUUCAGUUAACUCUAAUACUUUAAUUUUUAUGCAUUGUUCUAAUAGUAAUUCUGUGUUUAAUUGUCAGAUAAGAACUUUGACUAAGUUCCUCCGGUUUACCAUUGCAUAUUUAGAGUUUGCUGAGGAGGCAUUAUCUUUUACUUUCUCGCGUUAACACUCCAGAGCUGGGGUCAUUUCCCCGCUGGGUCGACCGGGUGAGACAUGCAAAGCUCUCUGUCCGGCCAGACAGCGGCCGGCUGGUGGCGGGCUCUGAUUUGUGGCAGACACCCGCCCUCUCAUCUCAGCCUAUGUAGCGCCUCUCUCUUCCUGUGCCAGUAGCGGCAGACCAAAGACCAACACACGUUUGAUAUUUUAAGUUUCCCCAGACGCUGCCCACACUGUUAACUUAGAAGGCGCCUAUAACUUUCUUUGCUGCAAAAAAUGUUUAGUCCAAACUCGCAAAGAGUCAUCAGUAAUUCGAGAGCUGAAUCACAUGACGUAGAACCGUGCGUUUAUGAAGUAAUGUGUCGAUUCGGUCGUAGGUUUUAUCACCCCUUUGGCAGGCCUUUCUAAAAUACUAAUAAUUAUAUAAUUGGGAGGCCAAAACACUAGUGUGUUAAGCAGUUAUACAACCAUUGAUUAUCAAUGAAUGAAUAUCUACAUUUGAUCCCCUUAUACAGUUCUACAAAUGCUGUUAAAUAACUAAUUAAAACUGGGGUUAGAGUUGAGGUAUUUUCUGGCUCUAGCUACUUCAUGAUGCAAUUAAGUGUGGUGUGCUCUUCUGUAUCCUGUGGCUUAGAGGAAGUGACAGUUGGAUCAUUUUGCGCAGCGCAUGACAAACUAUCCAUAUCCGCUUCUUUUUUUACCCUUUCUCAGUUUUGUUUCUCUCUCGGCCUCCGUAUGGUUUGAGGACCUUCCACCCAAUGUAAAUGCUACCACAUUACACCAUAUCCGUGUGAUGGCUGGUCAAUCUGGCAAAAUAGACCUUGAUUAAAAGGUAUACCAUAUUCAGGACAAUGCAUGUACUUAAAGUCAGUGUUUUGUUUUUGUUUGCUUCGAUUUUUUAUUUUUCAUUAUAUUGAGAGGCCUGCAAUUCAGUAUUUCACUAAACAAUAGCAAAAUGCUUCUUCUUGUCUCUGACGAACAUAAAAACACUAGAUUAAGGGAGCACUAGCCUAUUGGCUUUACUGUAACUUUGACUAGAAUUGAAACUUGCCACACUACGUUGUAUCUCAAACUAUGCACAAUAUAGCGUACAUAUUUAUUUUUAUAUUUAUACCUAAGCGUAACCAAACUUCAUAUAUUUAGCUUUGAAAUUUCCUUUCUUGUGUAGUGGUCGAAAUAAGAGGGGCUUUCACAACAUUUCCCAACUAGACACGAUUUAAUUUUUCCUGUACAAGUACCUCUGUGAACAGUUUUAGGGAAAAGGCUCCUAUUGCUGUCCGUCUUAAGAGUUGGGUAAAACAAUCUGUCACAAUGUUUAGUUCUGCUUCCCUGUGGUUCUUAAGUUGCCCCUUUUUUAUUUUUCUUGUAGUAUGGGCAAGAGUUUCAAGGCCAAGCCGUGGGGAUAGCCGACAGAUAGAACUCGUACUCCUAAUGGUUAUACAAGACUGAUACUAAUGCCUUUUGUAUCACUGUGCUUUACAAUUUAUGCACAGCACACACAAGACUCAAGUUGUUGUGCGUUAUGUGGUAUUUUAUUUUAUUCUUCUAAUCUGAUGCCUGUUUUCAAAAAGUUGGCAUUUCGAUGGGUUGAUGUUAUAUAUUUAGCACAGAAUUGUAUGUUUAUUCCAUCUAGGCAAACUCGAAUAUAAAAAAAAGAAAGCUUUUAAUUGAUUUAACUUCAGCAUUGCACUCCCCUCCCUCUUUUUAGUUACCAAAUAUUUUGUGCUCAGUUAUGUACUGAACUGCAAGAGCCUUUUUUUGUAUUUAAUAAAUUUAUUUGAAUUAUUUAUUA